CAAUUAUAUAUUGACACCUGUCCCAGGUAUAAAACCACAAUACAGAUGAUAAUUGCUCUCCCUAUACAGCAAAAUUCCGUGUCCGUCUUCUUCCUACAACCCCGAAAAAUACCAAUAAUCAGUCACUCUCUCUCUCCCACUAUGGACUACAGCUCGGACGACGAAUCUGAUAUUAGUGAAUCAGAAAUUAAUGACUAUUCUGACAAACCAUAUGUGGAAUUGAGGGCAGGAAAGUAUAAAGUCAAAGGUCCGAAUGGUACUCUCAGGUGCCCCUUUUGCGCUGGGAAGAAGAAGCAAGACUACAAGUUUAAAGACCUUCUACAGCAUGCCUCAGGAGUUGCCAAGGGUUCAGCUAAUAGAAGUGCAAAACAGAAGGCAAACCACCUUGCUUUGGCAAACUAUUUGCAAGCUGAACUAGCAAAGGAGCCAGAUCAUACCCAGCAGCUUGUUAUCCCAAGGCCAGUUCCACAACAUACUGAAGAAGUUGAACUAUAUGUGUGGCCUUGGACUGGCAUUGUUGUUAACAUUGUCAGUGAGGGUAAGGGUGAACUAACAUUUCCGGAUUCUGAUCAUUGGCUGGCAAAGUUUGCCAAAUAUAAACCUUCCAAAGUUCAAACAUUUUGGAAUGGAAAGGACCCAACUGCAGAGGUCAUUAUAGAGUUCGAUGGCGACUGGAAUGGUUUCAUGAGCGCCUCUGAAUUUGAAAAAAAGUUUGAAAAGGAUGGUUUCAGCAAAAAGCAUUGGAUAAAUGCACCUGAAAUGUGCCGUGGUGCAAAUAUCUAUGGCUGGUGUGCUCGUGCAGGUGAUUACAAUUCUGAAGGGCAAAUAGGGGAAUACCUUCGCAAGAAAGGAAAGCUGACUACUAUAUCUGCGAUUGUCAAUGAAGCAACUCAGAACAGGAUCAAUGUUGUGGCAGACCUAGCUAAUAAAAUUGAUAUGACAAACGAGGAUCUGGAUGAACUGCAGUAUAAGUACAAUGAAAAAACAAUGUCUUUAAGCAGGAUACUUGAAGAUAAAGAUAAGCUACACCAAGCUUUCGUUGAAGAAACAAGGAAGAUGCAGCGGAGUGCACGUGAGCAUGUCAGAAGAGUUAUAGAAGAAAAAGAAAAAUUGAGUUUUGACUUAGAGAUGAAGAAAAAGAAACUUGACUCCUGGAGCAAAGAAAUAAACAAACGUGAAGCAUUAACUGAACGCGAAAGGGAAAAACUUGACGAGGAAAAAAAGAAGAAUGACCUGAAAAAUAGUUCACUUGAGUUAGCUUCAAUGGAGCAGAAAAAGGCUGAUGAAAAUGUCUAUAGGCUGGUUGAAGAGCAAAAGAGGGAGAAACAAGAAGCCUUGAAUAAAAUACUUCAGUUAGAAAAGCAGCUGGAUGCUAAGCAGAAGUUGGAAAUGGAAAUUGAAGAGUUAAAGGGGAAGUUAGAGGUGAUGAAGCAUCUAGGAAAUGAAGAUGAUGAGUCAGUUCAGAAGAAGAUGAAAGAAAUGAACGAUGAAUUACAGGAAAAAGUUGAUAAUCUGGACGAUUUAGAAUCUUUAAAUCAAACUCUUUUGACUAAGGAGCGUGAGACCAAUGAUGAGUUACAAGAAGCUCGCAAGGCAUUAAUUGAGGGGUUGCCUGAUCUAUUAACUGGUCGUAGUAACAUUGGAAUAAAAAGAAUGGGAGAUAUCGAUCAGAAGCCCUUCCUUGACAUUUGCAAGCAACGAUUUUCUCUGGACGAAGCUCAGGUGCAGGCCUCCACCCAAUGCUCCUUGUGGCAAGAAAAACUGAAAAAUCCAAGUUGGCAUCCAUUCAAGGUGGUGACUAGUAAUGGGAAUCCUGAGGAAAUUAUAGACGAGGAAGAUGAGAACCUAAGAAAUCUCAAGGAUGAGUGGGGAGAAGAGAUACAUGCAACCGUUGUUACAGCCUUAAAAGAAAUGAAUGAGUAUAAUCCAAGCGGAAGAUACACUGUUCCUGAACUUUGGAAUUUCAAAGAAGGAAGAAAAGCCACACUCAAGGAAGUUAUUGCUUUUUCACUAAUGAAUAUGAAAAAACUAAAGCGCAAGAGAGCAGUAGCAUGGUGAAUGUCGAGUGGCAGGGCUUGAUGGACCGAUUGUGGGAGCUAAAAUUGGUGGCAGCAGAAGAAGAUGAUGGGAAGAGAAGUACAAUGCAAAUUUAGUCUUUGUUUUUAGUAAUAUUUUAGGUUUGUACUAACAAACAAGUCAGUGUUGGAUUUGUUGUUCUGAUCUGCUGUUUUUGACCCUCAAAACUUAUAAUUUCUGAACUAAUAUUAGAGAUCUUGCCUCAUCAA